AUAGGAUGAAAAUGGAUCCCCAUAAGUAACCUUCAACCUUCCUUCCUUAUUCUUAAUGAAUUUUUUUUUCCCACUUUAGUCCACGUUCCUUAUCCACACUCACAUACACAUUCUUUCAUGGCUCAACUACAGCCACCACCACUCUCGAGUCGCAGUUCUUCAACUGUGACUCGAAUUAAUUUGGUGGUGGCUCAAAGUUGCAUCGGCAAAUAUUUUAAGCUUGUCGAGCGCAACACCACCUUCACCACUGAGCUCCGUGCUGGUACCGCCACGUUUCUCACAAUGGCCUACAUUCUUGCUGUCAACGCCACCAUUAUUGCUGACUCGGGUGGCACAUGCAGCGUCUCCGAUUGCACCCCUCUCUGCUCUGACCCGAAAACCUCACCCUCCCAUUGCCCAACCCAUCUUUUAACCCGACCCGACUCCUCAUGCAAGUACCCGCCUGUCAACCCGGGCUACGCGGCGUGCGUGGAACGCACGCGCCGUGACCUCAUCGUGGCCACCGUGGCCUCCUCCCUCAUGGGCUCCGCCGUAAUGGGCCUCUUAGCGAACCUCCCCUUAGCCCUAGCGCCCGGCAUGGGCGCCAACGCGUACUUCGCCUACUCCGUGGUCGGGUUCCACGGGUCGGGUUCCGUACCCUACAAAACCGCAUUAACCGCCAUCUUCUUGGAAGGCCUAAUCUUCCUCGUAAUCUCAGCCGUCGGCUUCCGCGCCAAACUGGCCAAACUCGUUCCCAAACCCGUCCGAGUCUCCUCCGCCGCCGGAAUCGGUCUCUUCUUAGCCUUCAUUGGGCUUCAAAGCAACGAAGGCAUUGGGCUCAUCGGAUUCAGCCCAUCAACACUAGUCACUCUCGGAGGCUGCCCGAGGAACAAACUAACGGCGUUAGCUCCGGUCAUCACAAUUAACGGCACCGUUAGUUUAAUCCCCGGCGCCACCGUCUCCGACAAGAUACUAUGUUCUGGGAACCGCAUGGAGAGCCCAACCCUAUGGCUUGGUUUGGUCGGGUUUUUCAUUAUUGCUUACUGUUUAAUGAAGAACAUAAAGGGGGCUAUGAUAUACGGCAUCGUUUUCGUAACCGUGAUCUCGUGGUUCAGGAACACGCCGGUUACGGUGUUCCCGAAUACCGAACUCGGUGACGCGGGGUAUGAGUAUUUUAAAAAGGUGGUUGACGUGCACGUGAUAAAAACCACCGCAGGAGCGUUGAGUUUUGAUAGCAUGUGGAAAGGUGCAUUCUGGGAAGCUUUGUUCACGUUUCUGUACGUUGAUAUAUUGGACACCACGGGGACGCUGUAUUCCAUGGCCAGAUUUGCAGGGUUUGUUGACACCAACGGUGAUUUCGAGGGGCAAUAUUUCGCGUUCAUGGCGGACGCGUCGUCGAUCGUGGUGGGGUCGCUGCUGGGGACAUCGCCGGUGACGGCGUUUAUCGAGUCGUCGACGGGGAUACGGGAGGGGGGGAGGACGGGGCUGACGGCGGUGACGGUGGCGGGGUAUUUCUUGAUGGCGUUUUUUUUCACGCCGUUGCUGGCGUCGAUUCCGGCGUGGGCGGUGGGGCCGCCGCUGAUAGUGGUGGGGGUGAUGAUGGUGAGGUGUGUGGUGGAGAUUGAUUGGGAGGAUAUGAGAGAAGCGAUACCGGCGUUUGUGACGAUUGUGUUGAUGCCGCUGACGUAUUCUAUUGCUUAUGGGUUGAUAGGGGGCAUUGGGACGUACCUUGUGUUGCAUGCGUGGGACUGGGGAAAGGAGGUGGUGAAGAAUUUUUUUACUAAGGAGAACUUUAAGGAUAAUAAUAAUAAUAUACCUAAUGCAAAUAUAAAUGUAAAUGCAAAUAGUCGUGUUGUUGAUCAUGAAGAAGGAUAUGAUGAUAACAAGGUGUAGAAGUAUUAUAGUUUCUUUUUUAAGGUGAAUAUUGGCAAGGAAAAUUAAGAGACGUAGUAUGGACUGAUCGGGGUUUAGCAAAAACUAAUAAGGAAUUGAUCAGAUUUGUGUAAAUUUUAAAAUAUUAGUGUAUGUACAAGGUGUUUUUCAUACAAAGGGUGUUCGUUUGUUGAACGAAAAGGACAUCUAAUUAUUGGGUCUUGAUCCGGAAUUAACAUGAAUUUUUUCUGGGUAUUUGUGAUAAAUUUUGUGUAAGAGGGGAUGUAAUAAUUCAGGUAAAAGAAUGGCACUUGCUCUAUUCUUGUUAGCUUGCUUGUAAAGGGGGUCGUGAACGGAGCGUUCCAAUUGGUAGAAAAAAACCCGGGGUGCGGGGAUCCAAAGAUUUCAUGAGUUUGCAUAUGAGAAAUACUUUACAUAGGGUUAAGAAUAAACACAUAUUCUUAUACUAAAUAGAUUAUUCUUUUUUACCUAUGAAUGCAAUUGAACCUUAUCUCUGUGUUAA